AAUAUAUUAAUAGCGGGUAUUAUAAAAAUUAGUUUCGGCCUAGGUAAGAAAAUCGUUACUUUAAAUAUAGUAAAAAUAGAAACGUACUUUAAAAUAAUAAUUUUUUAUAUUUUACCUAUUAAUACCCUAUUUUUCUUAUACUUAAAAAAUAUAAAUUAA